AUGGCAAAGAGCACUCCUUCAGCAAACCACCCCAGCGCCAUGAACACCGAGUUCCCCUGGGAGUCCAGACCCAACGGGGAAGAAGAAGAACAAGAAAAAGAGCACAAUGAUGUCGACCGAACGAUUCAAAGAUUGGCAAGCCGCAUCUCAAGAAGCACCGUGGCCACGGAAUCAGCCGAACCUUACAACGAUAUUUUCCAGGUGCAUUUCCCGAUGCUGUCGGUGGGAGACACGCUCUUGUUCGCAGCUUGUGCCAGAGCACCGCGACAGUUGCCGGCCGGGCUGAAGGCCCAGGAAUACUCCAUGCUCCUGCGAGACGUCAUUAUGGCCAUUUUCGGUAUCUCGCAUACGGCGAACACAGUGGUCGGGAAUGACUUCAUUCGGGGAGUUAGUGGAGGAGAACGAAAACGGGUGAGCAUUGCCGAAGCAGCACUGAGCGAUGCCGCGUUGCAAUGCUGGGACAACAGUACGCGCGGGCUGGGCAGCGCCAAUGCAGUGGAAUUCUGCAGAACGCUUCGUACAGCCACCGAACUUCUACAAUCAUCCGUCCUGGUCUCCCUCUAUCAAGCGCCGCAGGAGGCAUAUGAGCUUUUCGACAACGUCACGGUGCUGUAUGAAGGACGGCAAAUCUUCUUUGGACCGACAUCUGAAGCACGCGUAUAUUUUGAAGAGUUGGGUUUUCAGUGCCCCCAGCAGCAGACGAUACCGGACUUCCUCACCUCAAUGACCAGCCCGAAGGAACGUCGCGUGCGACCAGGGUUUGAAAAUAAAGUCCCCCGCACAGCAAUGGAGUUUGAGGAAAGAUGGAAGACGAGUCAUCAGCACCAGCAGCUGAUGCUUCGCAUUGAGGCGUACGAAAGCAAAUUUAACCUGGGAGGCGAAUCUCGGGACGGCUUUGUGGCCUCGCGCAGGGCCCAGCAGGCGAGCGGCCAAAGAAUGAAAUCCCCGUAUACGCUGUCGUACAUGCAACAAACUUCUUUGUGUCUCUGGCGCGGUUGGAAGCGCCUGCUUGCGGAUCCCUCACUAACGUAUAUCCAGCUUGGCGGCAGUACCAUCAUGGCUCUGGUCUUGGGAAGCAUCUUCUUCAAUCUGCACGACGACACGAACAGCUUCUACGGCCGAGGAGGGUUGAUCUUCUUUCCUCUCCUUCUAAGCCCCUUUGCCAGUGUUCUCGAGAUCUUGACGCUAUACGAGCAACGGCCGGUUGUGGAGAAACACAAACAAUUUGCUCUCUACCACCCAUCUGCAGAGGCUCUCGCCAGCAUGCUGACCAAUAUCCCAUAUAAAUUGCUCAAUACCUUUUGCUUCAAUCUAACGUUGUAUCUCAUGGCAAACCUACGGCGAGAGGCCGGGGCCGUGUUCUUUUUCCUUUUUGUGGCUUUUCUCAGCACUUUUGUGACAUCCAGUCUGUUUCGGACGAUUGCAUCCGUGUCGCGUACCAUGUCGCAGGCGCUGGUGCCAGCCGCUUUACUGGUCCUAGGUUUGAUCAUGUACACUGGCUUCACGAUGCCAACCAUGUACAUGCCAGGAUGGUCGCGGUGGAUGGCUUAUGUCAACCCGCUCAGUUACGCCGUCGAGUCUCUGAUGAUCAAUGAAUUUCAGAAUCGCGAAUUCUCGUGCUCUGUCAUCGUCCCCUCAGGGCCGGACUACAGCACCGUUGGCAUCGACAACCGGGCAUGUGCGGAGGUCGGAAACACAGUCGGCUCAACCACAAUCCGGGGAAACAUAUACCUCAACGAUAAGUUCAACUAUUACCAUUCCAACAAGUGGCGUAACGUGGGAGUUUUGAUUGCGUUCUGGUUCAUGUUCACGGCCACAUACCUGGCCGCGAUUGAGCUGCUCAGUAUGGCUAAGAGCAAGGGUGAAGUUCUCAUUUUCCGCCGCGAACAUUUUGUCAACAAGAAAUCUACCCGUCGAAUGGCAGAGGCCGGCGACGAAGAGGCCCUCGGUUCCCAAAUGGCCACGAUGGCGCGGUCAGAUGAGACGGAAAAGACGCAUGCUCCACCCCGCGAGGGCCAGAUCUUCCAAUGGCAAGACGUAUGCUACGAUAUCAAGAAUAAAGGGGAGGUCCGGCGUAUCCUAGACCACGUCGACGGAUGGGUGCAACCUGGAACUUUGACCGCUUUGAUGGGUGUCUUCGGUGCCGGCAAAACAACCCUCCUCAACGUCCUCGCCAAUCGUGUGACUACCGGCGUCGUUACCGGUGACAUGCUCGUCGACGGUAUGCCCAGUGAUGCUUCCUUCCAGCGCAAAACAGGCUACGUGCAGCAGCAGGAUGUCCAUCUCUCAACGUGCAGUGUGCGAGAGUCGCUCGAGUUCAGUGCACUUCUCCGCCAGCCUGCGACUGUGUCGCGGGGGGCGAAGCUCGCAUACGUGAAGGAAGUGAUCAGCCUCCUUGAGAUGGAAGAGUACGCGGACGCCAUUGUUGGCACCCCCGGUGAAGGGUUGAACAUCGAACAGCGCCGACGUCUCACCAUCGGCAUUGAACUGGCCGCGAAGCCCGAACUGCUCCUUUUUCUGGACGAACCAACUUCCGGACUGGAUUCACAGACCUCGUGGGUUAUUUGCCAACUGCUGAAACGACUAGCACGUAGUGGCCAGGCGAUUCUGUGCACGAUCCACCAGCCGUCUGCCAUUCUUUUCCAGCAAUUUGAUAACUUGCUGCUUCUCGCGAAAGGUGGCAAAACUGUAUACUUUGGAGGGAUCGGCCAACACUCGGCCACUCUCACCCAAUAUCUGGAGUACAAUGGAGGAAAGCAGUGUCCUCCUGGUGCCAGCCCGGCCGAGUGGAUGUUGGAAGUGAUCGGCGCCGCGCCCGGAUCCCAAACCACUGUCGACUGGCCGAAGGUCUGGCGAGACUCGCAUGAGUAUCAGUCGGUCAAGGCGAAAUUGCGCGAAAUCCGAACAUCGAGGGCUACCGUAGGCGGCAAGCUGCAAACGCAGGCAUUCAGUCAGUUAAACAACGGUGCUUAUGCCUCGCCUUUUGCACAGCAGUGGUGGCUCGUUCAGAAACGUGUCGCGGCGCAAUACUGGCGAACCCCGUCAUAUAUCUAUUCCAAAAUCGCCCUUACAGUGGGCUCGACUUUAAUCAUUGGUUUCAGCUUUUACAAUGCGCCCAACACCGUCCAAGGGCUCCAGAAUCAGAUGUACGCCGUGGUGAUGUUAUUGAGUAUGUUCGGACAACUGAGCGAGCAGAUAAUGCCUCAAUUUAUCAAUCAGAGGGAUGUUUACGAGGCGCGCGAGCGACCAUCCAAGAUAUAUGAUUGGAAAGUCUCCAUGCUGAGCAACAUUAUGAUCGAGAUCUUCUGGAACACCCUGAUGGCCGUGAUGGCCUACUUCUGCUGGUACUACCCUAUCGGACUAUACCAGAACGCCGUUUCGGCGCACGAAGUCACCUCGCGCGGGUGUCUGGUGUUCCUGUAUAUCUGGGCCUUCAUGAUGUUCACUAGUACCUUUACUCACGUCCUUAUUGCUGGGAUAGACAGCGCCGAUUCGGCUAGUAGCGUUGGAAAUAUCAGCUAUAGGAUGUGUAUCACUUUUUGCGGCGUUCUUGUCAAAAAGGUUUCCUUGCCCGGAUUCUGGACAUUCACGUACUACGUCUCCCCGUUCACCUGGCUCGCCUCCGGUCUUCUCUCAACCGGUGUAGCGAACGCGGAGAUUGUGUGCGCACCCAAUAUGUCAAGUUUCUCCCACUGGCAGGCCACACGUGCGGCUCGUACAUGGCCCACUACAUCUCCUUAUCUGGCGGGUAUUUAG